CAGCAGUGAGGCUGCGGCUUCCUCGCUGCCUCCUCCUCCAUGAGGUGGCAGGAAUGGGGUGAUAAUGGUGGGGAGGACAGGGACGGAUGUGCCGUGCCAUGCUGUGCCGUGCCGUGCCAGGCUGCGGCUGCCUACGUGCCAGCAGGCUGGACAUGCGACCUGCACUGGGCCGGUGCCCAAAGCCAGAGGGAAGUGGGAUGGAAGAAGUGGAAAGAGGAACACGGUGGCACGCAGGGACAAGGCAAGGGGACAGCUCUGUCCCCCAGUAUCCCCUCUGCCAUCUGGGCUGGGCCCACGUUUGGUGUUCCUGGGAAGCCAUCGGGCACAGUGCUGCUCCUGACACUAGAGGAAGGGACCAGGAGAAUUCCCAGAGAAUUCCCGUGUUGGGAGGGAUCAUAUGGAGCACAGAGGGCUCUGACACCCACCUCCAGGCAAGGAGCCAGUGUGGCUGCCUGUCCCAUCUGGAGCUCCGUGGCCAUGUUGGCUGAGCUCAUCUGUGCCAGCAGGGCAGAGCUCCCCAGGACCCCACUGCUCACCAUAGGACAUCCAAUGGGGACCCCCACAGGCAGGGAUGCUCUGGCUGGGAGAUGAUCCCCAUCCCCAUCCCCUGUGCCCUGACCCUGCUGUGUCCCACAGGGUCCCUGGAUGCCACGGGGCAGGAUGGGCACCACGGCCGUGCUGCUGGCCCUGCUCCCCACGGCCACCGCUCAGCCCACGGCGCCCCCGGGCUGUGGCCACGGCCUCUCCUCCCUCUACUACAACCUCUGUGACCUCUCGGUGGGCUGGGGCAUCGGCGUGGAAGCAGUGGCCAGCCUGGGCGUAGUGACCACCUUCGUGCUCACCAUCGUGCUGGUGGCCAGCCUGCCCUUUGUGCAGGACCACCACAAGAAGAGCCUGGUGGCCACGCAGGUCUUCUUCCUUCUGGGCACCUUCGGCCUCUUCUGCCUGACCUUCGACUUCAUCGUGGGGCCGGAUUUCUCCACCUGCACCUCCCGCCGCUUCCUCUUCGGCGUCCUCUUCGCCAUCUGCUUCUCCUGCCUGCUGGCCCACGCCGUGGCCCUCAACUUC